CCCGGCGUCCAGCUGGUCGCCCAGGGAGUGAUGCUCACUCGGUCCUCCAGGCCCGGGGCCUUCCCCAGUCUCUGACUUCCUGUUCUCGGCCAGCAACCUUUCAUUCAUUCCCUAGAUGUGCAGGGUGGUGCCACCCGGGUUCACGACUGACCCAUCCUCCAGGUGCUGCCUGUCCUGCAGGGCCAGAAAAUAAACAUGCCCAGGCCUCAAAGCAAGAAAGCCAUUGAUCUGGUGACGAAAGCCACAGAAGAGGAUAAAGCCAAGAAUUACGAGGAGGCGCUCCGGCUCUACCAGCAUGCGGUGGAGUAUUUCCUCCAUGCUAUCAAGUAUGAGGCACACAGUGAUAAGGCCAAGGAGAGUAUUCGAGCUAAGUGCAUGCAGUACCUAGACCGGGCAGAGAAGCUGAAGGAUUAUUUACGAAACAAGGAGAAGCACGGCAAGAAGCCAGUUAAAGAGAAUCAGACCGAGGGCAAGGGCAGUGAUAGUGACAGUGAAGGGGAUAAUCCAGAGAAAAAGAAACUACAAGAACAACUGAUGGGUGCUGUUGUGAUGGAGAAGCCCAACAUACGGUGGAAUGAUGUGGCCGGGUUGGAGGGGGCCAAGGAGGCCCUUAAAGAAGCUGUCAUCUUGCCAAUUAAGUUCCCACACUUGUUCACAGGCAAGCGUACCCCUUGGCGGGGGAUACUGCUCUUUGGACCCCCUGGUACAGGGAAAUCCUACCUGGCCAAAGCUGUGGCAACAGAAGCCAACAACUCCACCUUCUUCUCUGUGUCUUCCUCAGACUUGAUGUCUAAGUGGUUGGGGGAGAGUGAGAAACUUGUCAAGAACUUGUUUGAACUGGCCAGGCAGCACAAGCCCUCCAUUAUCUUCAUUGAUGAGGUGGAUUCCCUUUGUGGCUCCCGAAAUGAAAAUGAGAGUGAGGCUGCCCGAAGGAUCAAAACAGAGUUCUUGGUCCAGAUGCAGGGGGUGGGGAAUAACAACGAUGGGACUCUUGUUCUUGGUGCCACAAACAUCCCAUGGGUGUUGGAUUCAGCCAUUAGAAGGAGGUUUGAAAAGCGAAUUUACAUCCCAUUGCCAGAGGAAGCUGCGCGUGCCCAGAUGUUCCGGUUGCAUCUAGGGAGCACACCUCACAACCUCACAGACGCCAACAUCCACGAGCUGGCCAGGAAGACAGAAGGCUACUCAGGUGCAGACAUCAGCAUCAUUGUGCGGGACUCUCUCAUGCAGCCCGUCCGAAAAGUGCAGUCAGCCACACACUUCAAAAAGGUCUGUGGCCCUUCCCGCACCAACCCUAGUAUUAUGAUUGAUGACCUCCUGACCCCAUGCUCACCAGGGGACCCGGGAGCCAUGGAGAUGACUUGGAUGGACGUCCCUGGUGACAAGCUCUUAGAACCUGUAGUUUGCAUGUCGGACAUGCUCCGGUCUUUGGCCACCACUCGGCCCACAGUGAAUGCAGAUGACCUCCUGAAAGUGAAGAAAUUCUCAGAGGACUUUGGACAAGAGAGCUAAAAGCUUCUUCACUUGGAUGAUGGUGAAGGUGGGAGGUUGACUGGAGCAAAUCCACAGCAGCCCCCAUGCUAGUGGCUACAGAGUCCCAGGGCUCAUCCUAAAGUCACUACAGCAUCCCCUCUGCUGUCUGGCCUGGAAGGGCCUCUGCAGCCACAGAGACGCUCAGCCGCAUGGGUGGCAUGGUGGAUCCUGGCUCUUCCUUCUUCCUCCUCUUCUCUCCUGGAUGCUCACCAACUCCUUUGCCUGUCCCUCCAUGUCUUCAUUUUUUAAAAGUCUGUUUUGUUCCCCUAAAUCAAUGCUGCUUGGAUUUUCGUCUCAUUUAUAUGUAAAGAUAAACUCUCCAGAGGUGUGUCAAGGAACAGAAACAGCCGUGCUGCAGGGCUGGCGCAUCAACUUCCAGACAGCUGGCCCGGCCCCACCGACCCUCUUCCUUGUAGGCCCAAGUUUUGUUUCUUGAGAAGAGAUUGGCUGAUCCCCCUAGGUCCCAGCCCAAGCUCUGCCUGUGAAGACUGAGUAAGACUAGCCAUCCCCACCCUCCAGGUUUGCAUCCAGGACCCUGCGUCUUCCUGCAGGAGGAGGAGAUGGUUUUUGUGAGCACAAAGCCGUUUUUGUUGGAAUGAGGAAAGCGGGCAGGAGAGUUUUCACUGUUGCUUUUUCCUCCUUUGAGUGUGAGAACACUGAAGCCAGCCACUGCUCCUGCUCCCUGUCCUGGAAAUGGUCUAAUAAAUCCUUUUCCCUUCUUGA